CAUGCUCCAGUCGCGCGCGCCUCGCUCACCUGUCCAAUGGAAGCGCACGUGCCGCUCGGAUUAACCGUCGCUCAGCUUUGAUGUUCGGCUUUGAUGAUUGGCGCUCCGGUGGCGAUGGCUCUCGUGAUGGACCCCAUCAGCAAAUGGAGCCCAAAGCAGGUGCUCCAGUGGAUGAGAGGACUGGAUGACUGUUUGCUACAGUAUGUGCGUGUGUUUGAGAGAGAGAGGAUUUCUGGCGAGCAGCUGCUGCACAUCACACAUCAAGAGCUCGAGGAGCUCGGAGUCACACGCAUCGGCCAUCAGGAACUCAUCCUUGAAGCGGUGGACCUGCUCUGCGCCCUGAACUAUGGCUUGGAGACGGAGAACCUGCGCUCUCUCUCCCACAAGCUCAACGCUUCAGCUAAAAACCUGCAGAACUUCAUCACAGGCCGGCGGCGCGGCGGUCACUAUGACGGUCGGGUGUGUCGACGGCUGCCCAACGACUUCCUCACGAGCGUGGUGGAUCUGAUUGGAGCCGCCAAGAACCUGCUGGCCUGGCUGGACAGGUCACCGUUUGUCAGUGUCACAGAGUAUUCAGUGCUGAAGAACAACAUUGUCCAACUCUGUCUCGAGUUAACCACCAUAGUGCAACAGGACUCCACUGUGUAUGAGACGGAGAACAAAAUACUCCAUGUGUGCAAGACUCUAUCAGGAAUCUGCGAGCACAUCAUCUCUCUGUCGUCAGAUUCGUUGGUGUCGCAGUCCGCCCACCUCGAGGUUGUCCACCUCACCAAUGUCCUGCCAAAUGAGGGGCUGGGCAUGUAUAUUAAAUCUACGUACGAUGGUUUACACGUCAUCACCGGCACCACAGAGAACUCUCCCGCUGAUCUCUGUAAGAAGAUUCAUGCAGGUGAUGAGGUUAUUCAGGUCAACUACCAAACUGUGGUGGGUUGGCAGUUGAAGAACUUGGUAAAUUCUCUGCGUGAGGACCCGAGUGGUGUCGUUCUCACACUGAAGAAAAGACCCCAGAACUCACUGAGCUCAGCUCCGGGCCUGCUGAAGAACACCCGCUGGAAACCCCUUGCACUGCAGCCCCUCUCCACCAGUCCGUGUAGCGAGUCUACCACACCCCCUAGCACCCUAGGAGUCUCACCUGGUUUGGAAACACCAUCAGGACAUGAUGUGUUCAUACUGUCCCCGGCAUACGGACACAGGGAGGAUGAGUUGGACCGGGCUGGUUUUGGUAUUUUCAGCUCUGAAGGGUUCUUCAUGGAUCAGGAGGCUUCUUUGGUGGGACCUCAUUUCCCCAUGCUGGAUGACGAAAUGGCCAGAAAUGCAGGACUCCGACGCCGAGACCGAACCCCAACACGAGGUGACCCCCGGCAGGUGUCUCACCCGUCCGAGUGGCUCGCUGAGCCUCAGGAGUCUGGAGUUUACAAGAGAGGAAGCAGAGACUCAGACUCCUCCCUCAUGCGCUUUCUGAGCGAUGACAGGAUGCUCGUCCUACAGGAAGAGGCGGAGUUUUCCCAGCCCGACACUAGCCGGCGGACCAGGAAAAAGAGCCGCAAUCCCAGCAGCCCCAGUUUUCCCAUCAGCCCGUCCAUGCUGGCCCCGCCCGUGCGGCUGGACUCGGGACCCCCUGAAGGGCUGCCCUUCUCUCUACCUGAUACCAGCACUAUGCCGCAUUAUCACAGAGCCACAGACACACUGCGAGCCGACACUGACAGGUAUGCUGGUUCUGCUGGGGAUCGACAAGCCGGAGCAUCCAUGAGGAAGUCAGUGCAUUAUGCCUCCUUAAGGACCAAGACUAAGAAGAAAAACAGAGGUUCUCAGAGUAACUCGAGCAGGAGGCGUAUUGCAUGUAAGGAUCUGGGACAUGGCGACUGCGAAGGCUGGCUGUGGAAGAAGAAGGACGCUUCGGGCUACUUCACCCAGAAAUGGAAGAAAUACUGGUUCGUCCUCAAGGACUCGGAUCUCUACUGGUACACCAACCAGAACGACGAGAAGGCGGAGGGGUUCAUCAGUUUGCCGGAGUUCCGGAUCGACAGAGCGAUCGAGUGCAGGAGGAAACAUGCCUUCAAAGCUUGCCAUCCUAAAAUUAAGAGCUUCUUCUUUGCGACGGAUCACCUGGAGGAGAUGAACAGGUGGAUGAAUCGCCUCGGCUUGGCCGCGAUUGGAUACACUCCGGAUGACCCGGUGCCUCGCCCGGAUGAAGAUUACUGGAGUGAGAGCGAUCAGGAAGAGGUCGAUGGAUCCAUGACGCUCAAACAGGAGUCGACUUACCACUGCAAUCCUGCCACGAGCUCGUCCAGCGCGUUUGGCGAGCGCCAUUUCUCCAGUGGCUCCACCUUCUCGCACUCGUCUGCCGAGGACUCGCACUCGUCCUGUCGCUCAACUCAUCGCGAGCGCGAGCGCCGCUCCUGGCAGGACUUGAUCGAGACCCCAGUGGGCUCUUCAGGGCUUCACUACCUCCAGACGGGCACAGGAGGGGACGGACGCGUUCCCAUCUCUCCUGAGAGGCUACGACAGGCGACGUUGCCCGCCAGGCGCCGGCGCCCGCCCCGACACGACGGGCCAUUUCCGCUGACGGACAGCGAGGAGCCCCGUCCACGUGGCCAUGCCCAUAAACAGAGGAGUCAGAGCCUCCCGCGGCACCGCUCGCACGGCACGCUGUGCCCCCGCACCCGGCUUCAUGAGGAACAGGAGGAGGACGAGGAGGAAGACGAGGAGGAGAGUGUGUGCGAGGUCCGGCAGCGGGUCUGCGACGCUCCGAAGCGUGUGUCUGAUGAACCGGACCCUCUAGAAGAGCUGUAUCGCUCUCUGGAGCAGGCCAGCGUGUCCGCGUUCGGACACCAGCGACCCUCAACACGGCAAGAGUUCCGCCGCUCGUUCGUCAAGCGCUGCAACGACCCGGCCACUAACGAAAAACUCCACCGCAUCCGGGCGCUCCGCUCCACGCUGAAGGCUAAAGAAGGCGACCUGUCUGUGAUUGGUCAGUUGCUGGAUGACCCCUGUCUGACCUCUCGCAAAUUCCGCGAGUGGAAGCAGAGGAACCAAGAGCUCUUCCUGGAUAUCUGCGAGUUUAGCUCCACCCCUCUGGAACUGCCUGCUGAACCCGGCGACCUUUCACCCCUGUCUCCGACACUGCUCAUGCACACACACUCCUUUAUAGAGACACAUGUCUGAAACACACACACGCACACCGACAGACGCGUACAGACUCUCAGCGGUGUGUCUGCAACAAACUCAAAGGUAAAGACAUACACUGGGACAGAAGACGGCAUGUAAACGAAACACUGUGGCCCCUCCUCUUCCCUCUGAUUGGUUAUCUGACCUUUAACUGACAGCUGACUGAGCCACUGUAAGAGAACUGUUGUUUUUAUGUUUGUUUUGUUUUUUGUUUUUUUUUGUUCUUAUGUGAAGAUUGCAGAAGACAUCAUGUCCUGGACAAACACACUGCUUCUUCUUUCGUCAGACGGAUUCGCAGUCGUCGCGCUCAUGAUGUGUGUUAAUCACUGCUCACACACGCGCCCGAAAGGAACGAUUUAAAUCGAACAUUCACAUUUACACCAGACGUCAUCUGAGACAUGUUGUUUAAGUGUCUGAGGCUAACGUAGCUAAUAAGUAAUAGAAGCUUGCUAGUCAGUCAGAACCUCAACGCAAAGUAGCUUCUGAACACCACUAGCCUAGCGUGUCUUCUUAGCCAGCUUAACGUAGCUAGCUAACAAAGUCAGGCUACGUACUGUAGCAGUUCAGCAACUCAGAAGUGAGCCAAAUAAACAAGCUACGUGUACUGUGUGUGACUUUAACAAGAGAAGAAAGAUUUCUCACAAAAUCUGGUUGUCACUAUCAGGCGAAAUCAUAAUAUACAAGCAAAUCUUUAGGCCACGCCCCCCUGCUAAAUAGUAGCUUAAAGCUUCUGCUAGUUAAAGCUUACUAUGAACUGUUAGCUACAUUAGCCUGUAAAGUAGCGACCCUCAGAUACCUGGACUACAUUCGGUGUAAAUUGUGCACAUUUGUUUUUGUUUAUUUUUUCAUCGUACUUCUCAAUUCGUCCGUCUGAUCGCAUCAUCUCCAGGAUCUAAAGACGGCUUUCGUUUUUUUUUCUCUCGUCUCUUUUUCCUGCCAGAGUUUUUUUUUUUUGUUGUUUUCUCGGGACUCGUUUGUUUGUUUACUCGUUUCUCCCUUCCCUCGGGAUGCUGCAGGACGAGCGCUCAUGUAGCCAUGGGCAACGGGCUUCACUCUGUUACCAAGCAACACCGCCCUACUGUGUUAACUCUCAGAGCAUGCAAGAGAAUGUAUGUGAGUGUGUGUGUGUGUGUGUGUGUGUGUGUGUGUGUGAGAAACUUGAGAGAGACUUAGAGAAGACUGAUGAGACUGAUGCACUUCCUGUAGGAACGGCAGCCUACGUUGUGUCUGUAAUCAAACUUGGGUUCUUUAGAGUAUUUAGAACAUAGCUGACCUCCUGCAUGGUUUAAAAGUUAUUAAUCUACGCUGAAUGAGCUGAUGAAGAGUCUGUAUAUAAGAGAAAUAUCCUUUGCCUAGCUGCAUCCUCUGUUCAAAACUGUGAACUUUUAAUUGUGAAUGCAAUCUUCUGGCACUGCAAAGACAGAAGCUUUCUAAUUUUCUUUUCUAAAAAAAAAAAAAAAGAAACACAAAAGACUUAAGCUUUGCUUCUCUGGUAUUCUGACUGUUUUCGCUUGGGGCAGCUGGUUAUUACCUCUUAUGCUUUUAGUUUAUAUUCAGGUCGAGAAUGUUGCGUUUUUUUUUUUUUUUUUUUAUAGAUUUUGUCUUUCCUUCAACUCUGGUUCUAGAGUUUUUAAAUAAUUUCACUCCAAUGUUCAAAGAUUCCAUUAUUUUUUUUGAAACUUUUCUAAACAAUUCAAUGAUUCUUAAAUUUCUAGAAAAUUCCCAAACUGAGUUCAAAGUCUAAGGUUUCUAUAGGUGUUGGAAUAUGCCAGGAUUUUAAGUUCAAAGUUCAAGGAUUCAAACUUAUUUGGAAAUUUUUUUGUAAUUUUUAGAAAAUUCUUGAACUUUCAGUUAAAAAUCCAAGAAUUCCUGAUUCUUGGUCUAAUGAUUCUAAAGUUGUUAGAAAAGUCCCAAAAUUAAAGUUCAAAGAUUCGACUUUUUUUUAUUUAUAUUUUUUUAUUCUGGAGUUUUAAAUUAAACAAUAUAUUUUUUAGAAGCUUCCCAAACAGAAUUUAGAAUAGAAAAUAAUUCGAAAGUUGUUCUAAAAUACCAGAAUUCUGAUUUGAAAGGCCAAUAAUUUGAAAUCCUUUUAGAAAAAUCCAUAAUUGUGGUUUUAAAAUCCAAAGGAUUCUUUGAAGAAAAAAACAACAACUUUGUUUUAAGUGCAAGAAUUCUUAAACGUAUAGAAACGCCACAAACCAUGAAUUCAAAGUCUAGGGAUUAAAAAAUAUGCAAAUAAUUGUUGACUUUUAUUUAUUUAAAAAUCCUUGGAUUCUACACUUUAAUAAACUUUCUUUCUUUCUUUUUUUUUUUUUUAUAAAAUUCUCAAAUAUAACUGUUAAGUCCAACAUCCUGGAAUUCUAAAAUUGUUAGGAAAAAUAAAAAAUUAACAAAUUUAAAUGUUAAAAAAUAAUCCAGAAGUUUGAGGUAAGCGUUUAAGCUUUCUAAUUAUUUUUGGAAAAAUUCUUGAACUCUGUCUUAAUUUUUUAAUACAAUUUCCAAACUGUAAGUUCAAAGACUUGGUAUUAUAAAAAUCCUUCAUUUGUAGUUUAAAAUCAAAGGAUUGUAAUUUCUUUUGAUUAAAUGAAGUCCAAAGAUUCUAAAAUUGUUCAAAAAUUCCAUAAUUCAAAUUUAAUUAUCUACAUAUGUCUUUUAAACAUUUUUAAAAAUUCUGGAACCCUGAGUUGAAUGUCCAAGGAUUGUAGAAUUUUUUUUUUCAGUUGAAUUUAUUAUUGUUGGAAUUUUUUUUUUCCACCAACCUGGAGCCGAAGCUGUUUGAGGAUCUGAACUUCUCUACUGUGUCAUGCGCUUUCUUGGUAACAUCAAGCUGUGAUCACAGAGCUGUACAUUUUAAUGAUCCAUGUCAAGAAUAUAUCAGCUUUUUAUUGUUUAUGUAUUAACAAUCGAAAAAAGUGGUUGCUGAGAUCCAGGUGCUGUCGUGGGAGUGUGACGGCUACACAGCUUGUUCGCUAAUCAUUCUUUUUAAGAAAUGAAUUUAACUUCUUAAAAAAUGAGUCAAACAUGAGUUUUGAUUCACUUGAUUCUCUCGUGGUUUUAUACUAUUACACAAUACGAGGGCUGUACCGAAAGUAAUGCAAAAGUGUUAUAUAGCUAUUUUAUUAACUCAUUCGUGCCAUUUUUGAACCAUUGACUUUCGUUAAAGCCCUCAUAUUUGUAUCAUAAUCCAUUCAGUGAAUAUUGUACAGGAUUGUUUGAGACUAACUCUGGCUCUGGCAAAAUGUUGGUGGAAAAAUACCAUCUGUGUGUAUCAGUACUGUCCUUAACACACUCUCUGUCAUUUUUCUAUUCCGAGCAUAACACGUACAUCACACCACCGUCACUCGCCACAAUAGAGUACAGUCCAGUUCAUCUGAGUCAUAUUCGCUUGUCUGUGAAUUAGCAGACUUGCUAACUACAUGUACAGUUGUCCAAAAGAGAAAUAUUUAAUUUUUUUCUUUUUUUUUAUAUGAACGUAGCCUGGAGUGUGUUAAGAAACAGUACUGAAUGUUGUGUUAAGCCCAAGCUCUGCUGAAACGUGUAUGCUUUUUGUUUUAGUUGAGUUGAUCUGAGGGGAAAAGUCUACAGUCUGUCCGCGCUCGAGUCCACAUCAGCGUUGUGUGAAAUCUAUUUACUGAUGUGUUUUUACGCUUCACGCAGCUUUUCCUCAUAGUGUUCUAUUGUAUUCGCUUUACAUUACCGCGUGAACGGAACGGCUGCGGGGACGUAACCUGAAUCGAGUCGAAUGUAAUUAUUUUUAACAGUGUAAAUUGUACAGAUUAUUGAACAACUAAACACAAACACAAAAAACACACACACACAUGCAGACUUUCAGUCCUUUGCGUUUCUGUGGUGUGGAAUGUCCUCAUAUUAUAAACUCCACUGUGGACCGAAUUUAUAGCAUCUCCAGCAUCAUAUGUAAGAACACAUAUAUACAUGUGUGUGUGUGUGUGUGUGUCCGUUCUCCUGGGCUUCACUGUGGUUUAGGGCACUUAUUUCCCGCCCUGCUCUCCGCCCUGCUGAGUGAAGUGGAAGUUGCACUGAGACUUCUCCAUCAGAAAGCGCUGCUCUUUUCUUUCUGAACUCUUCAUGUCACUCCAGUGUCACUGCAGGCUCGCCCUCCUAUUUUUUUUCCCCUAUAUACACACACAUAUAUAAAUAUAUAUACUGUAUAUGAUAAAGAUUGUUAAAUGCAAAAGAGGAAUAAAUGAAAA